AUGGGUAACACUUACCUCAACCUUUUUGUGCUAUGUGGGCUGUUUUUCAGCUACGCCAGCAAGGUAUUAGGCGCUACUUCGCCUGUUCCAACGCAAGGCAGUGACGGGAUUUGCUACACAUAUACCGUUCAAGGUGCCGAUACUUGUUCUUCCAUUGCCCAACAAAACAGCCUCACUGUGGCCGACAUCGAAGCCUUCAACAAGGACACAUGGGCCUGGCUGGGAUGCGACAAGCCACUUUACCAAGGUGCAUUUAUCUGUCUUAGCGCUGGCGCUGCUCCGAUGCCAGUCGCACUUCCGCAAGCUACUUGUGGUCCCCAGGUACCUGGAACAGCACGUCCGAAGAACUUUGAUCUAGUUGGCACUCUUAACCCUUGCCCGAACAGGGAAUGUUGUUCUCUAUGGGGAUUAUGUGGUACUACUCCGGAAUUCUGUAGUCCCUCGGACUAUUCAUCCCAUACCACAUCGGCGCCGACUCAGACAGCUGAUCAGAAAGCUGCUCAGCCAGUUGAAACAACACAAGCCGCCAAAAGUGAACCUACGAGCACCACUAAAACGACCAGUACCACAAAGAAACCCACUACUUCGACAACAACCAGCAAAAAAUCACCAGCAACAACUAAAAAAGCAGACAAAACGACAAAGUCCGCGGUCGCUACUGAGACUGACAUGGUGCCAUGGCAACUGACACUCUACGAAAAGAAGAACUGUCAGGGAAAUUACUACCUCCUGGGAGGAUACAACAAAGGAUAUGAUCAAAUGAACCUAGCAAGAUGUCUGAAUCUCAACAGUCAUCUCAAUAGCGACUCCAUGGGCAUCGAGACCUUUUGCAAGUUCUACACCGAAGAAGGUUUGCAUUCUACUAGUUGCGACGCUGGGACUUUCACCAAGAUUGCGUCGUGGUACCUUAAGAAUGGGUUUUGCUACACAUGGAAUCUGGAGGACUGCAGUUACAAGGAUCAUAAGGAUUCGUUCAUUGGUGAUGGUAGUAAUGCGUUCGGUUGUGAGAAUCAUGGACCCAGACAUUCUCCGAAUUAUGCCUCUUUGAAUUGCUACAUUCUGUGA